AAGGAGGGGCAGUGGGGGUGUCACGGCCCACACGCACCGCCCUACAAACUAGCUAGACUCGGGGAAGUUGCAGCUUGAACGUACGUGAUGAACUCCACUGAGUCUAAAGAAAGCAUGGAAGAGAAAUAUUAUGAGAAAGAUGAAGGCAUGAAAAGCAAUGAAGCUGAGCUAACCAAAAUCCUUCUGAUGAGAGCAUUUGUGGAAAGCCAGGAUCCCUCUUCCAAGGAAGUAGAUGAUCAGACGAUUAGAAGGUUCCUUCGUGCUCGUGAGUUAAAUAUAAACAAGGCUUCUGCCCUGUUCCUCAAGUUCUUGAAAUGGAGACGAACAUUUGUUCCAAAUGCUUCAAUUUCUGCAUCAGAGGUUCCAAAUGAAAUUGCACAGAACAAGAUGUUUCUCCAAGGACUCGAUAAGAAAGGACGACCCAUAAUGGUGGUCCUUGGCGCUAGACAUUUUCAAAACAAAGGGGGUAUCGAAGAAUUCAAGCGUUUUGUAGUCUACGGACUGGACAAAGUAUGUUCAAGGAUGCCCCCGGGACAAGAGAAGUUCGUUGCCAUUGGAGAUCUUCAAGGAUGGGGGUAUUCAAAUAGUGACAUCCGUGGAUACCUUGGAGCUCUAUCCAUUUUGCAGGACUUCUACCCAGAAAGACUAGGGAAGCUUUUUCUUGUCCAUGCACCUUACGUGUUCAUGGCAGUAUGGAAAAUUGUGUACCCUUUUAUCGACGAAAAGACCAAGAAGAAGAUAUUAUUUGUAGAGAACACAAGGUUAACAUCAACUCUGCUUGAAGAAAUUGACAUGACCCAGCUCCCAGAGAUAUAUGGCGGCCAACUGCCAUUAGCACCAAUCCAGGACUGCUAAUGAAACAACCUGCAUGGAGAAGACAAAAUGAAUAAAUUGCUCAUCUUUCUAUGCAUAUCAUUCGUCAUAUAUCAUAAACAAACAGAUAACCAAUCACGCAAGGUCCUGGGCAAUAUCUUUAUUACACACAUCCAUGGCAUGUACUUUCACCUAUGUCUUUCUAUAUGAGACCACGUUUCUAAUCUCA